UUAUCAGUGUAUACACAUGCAGCCCUUUAGCAACUCUGGAGUUUUCUGCCUUUAUCAAUUACUAUUGUUCGUAUUUGCAUUAUUCAUAUGGUGAACAAUGUCGACAUAUGGUCAAUUUUCAUAUUUUUAUUUAUUUUCACACGUUCCGAUCUCGAGGACUAAAUAUUUUUUUUCCUAUCAAAAAGCAUAGCAUAUUUUGAAAAAAGAGCACAGAGUUUGUUCUUCCUAAUCACACUCUCUUAAUAGCAUAUUGUUUUUCCUAUUAAAAUUUUGCAUUUUUUUUAAUGGCAGAAACACAUACUACUUUGAUCAUGCAACUUCUUAUGAUCUUGCUUAUCAAAAGUGGCAAUGCUCAUGACCAGUGCAGAGAAUCAUAUUGUGGACCUAACCAACCUCUUAUUAAAUUUCCCUUCCAAAUCGUUAAGGAAUCAUCACAAGAUCAAUGUGUUUAUCCUAAAGAGUUCUGCCUAUAUUGUACUGAAAAUAAGAAAACCAUGAUAGUUCUCUCUACCUCUUCAGGUCCAAUCAAAUUCCAUGUCUCUGAUAUUGACUACGAAUCACACUCGAUGUCAAUAUCAGACCCAGACAAUUGCCUUCCAAAAAAGUUUUUGAUACUCAACAAUUCAUCAUUUCGACCUUACCGGUUUGAUUCUGAACUGGAUAUCAAAAUCUUCUUCUUCAACUGCUUUUCAGUUAGGAAACAACACUUGAGAAACCAAUAUCAGACAUCCCAAGAGUCACAAGAUAUGAUCACUUGUCCAAUUUAUGUUGCUGAUUCGGACGAAGAUAUCGUUGAUUUGGACCUUCUAUCUUGUACUAAGAUGUUCGACGUCAACGCGUCUAUGAUGGGAUCAGACCUGAGGUAUAAUUUUCUCAGAUUGAGUUGGCCCAAACAAAGUUGUGCAAAGUGCGAGUCAAAAGGCAUGAAAUGCAAAUGGAUGAACAACACCACCAAACCUGGCAUUGAAUGUUUUUAUUGCAACCAAAAACAUAAAAAAUUUCAGCCUCCAAAAGCUCUUAUUUUUUCGGCUAUAGGUUCAAUUAUAUUGGGAAUGGGCACCAUUGUAUUUAUUAAGAUUUAUCUGCAUUUCAGAGAAAAAGAAGAAGAUCAAGUUAGAAUUGAUAAGUUUUUAGAGGAUUAUAGAGCCCAAAAGCCUGCCAGAUUUUCAUACUCUGAUAUAAAAAGGAUCACGAGUGGAUUUAAGGAAAAGCUAGGAGAAGGAGCUCACGGAUCGGUAUUUAAAGGAAAACUCUCUAGUGAGAUUCUAGUGGCUGUGAAGAUUCUCAACAAUACACAAGGAGAAGGGAAAGAGUUCAUCACUGAAGUGGAAAUUAUGGGCAAAAUUCACCAUAUCAAUGUGGUUCGUUUGCUUGGCUUUUGCGCAGAAGGAGUUCACUGCGCUCUAGUAUACAAUUUUUUUUCGAAAGGUUCUCUGCAAAGCUUCAUAUUUCCACCGGAUAACAAGGAUUAUUUCAUGGGGUGGGAGAAGCUACAACAAAUUAGUACUGGUAUAGCAAAAGCAAUCGAGUAUCUUCAUGAGGGCUGUAGCCAUCCAAUUAUUCACUUUGACAUCAACCCUCGCAAUGUUUUGUUAGAUGAUUCCUUCACUCCAAAAAUUUCUGACUUUGGGCUCGCCAAAUUAUGUGCCAAGAAUCUUAGUAUAGUGUCCAUGACAGCUGCUAGGGGAACCUUGGGAUAUAUGGCACCCGAAGUAGUGUCUCGAAAUUUUGGAAAUGUUUCUCUUAAGUCUGAUAUAUACAGUUAUGGAAUGUUGUUGCUAGAAAUGGUUGGAGGAAGAAAGAAUGUAGAUUCGUCAUCUGCAGAAGAUUUGCAUGUUUUAUACCCGGAAUGGAUUCAUAACUUAUUGGAAGGAGACAUACAUAUAAAUGUUGAAGAUGAAGUUGGCAAUGCUAAAAUUGCAAGGAAACUUGCAAUUGUCGGACUUUGGUGUAUUCAGUGGCAGCCAAUGAAUCGUCCUUCCAUUAAAACCGUCAUACAAAUGUUGGAAACAGAAGAUGACAGCCAAUUAACAUUUCCGCCUAAUCCAUUUCAUUCCACCAAUUCCAUUACCAGUAGUGAAGGUUCUUUGCCUAGACGGCCUCUCAAAAUGGAAGCGAUUCAAGAAUGAGAUCAGUUUAGAUUCAUUUGAUUUUUGUCCAUUACUGGGUAAAAAUUAAACAUUUCAUUUGUAAAAAAAGUAGAAUUAGUAUUUUGAAUUGAUUUUAGUAUGCUGCAAUGUUGUUUUAAAAAUAUUUUGAUGUAUUUUAAAAAAGAGUUAUGUUGCA